AUGGCUGCUUGUAUCUUCUGUAAAAUCGUCAAGGGCGAGAUUCCCUGCUUCAAGCUUUUUGAAACCGAGAAAUCACUUGCCUUUCUUGACAUCAACCCGCUGAGUCGGGGACACGCGAAAUCUGCUCCUCGUCCCAUAUUCCAGCUUGUCAUCCCUAAGUUCCACGGCGAGAAGCUUCUCGAUAUCCCCGACGACUAUCUCACGGAUAUACUGCCUAUUGCCAAAAAGCUGGCCAAGGCAAUUGGCACAGACAACUACAAUAUCCUACAAAACAAUGGCCGUCUUGCUCACCAAGAAGUCGAUCACGUUCAUUUCCACGUGAUUCCUAAACCGAACCAGACGGAGGGUCUUGGGGUCGGUUGGCCCCAUCAGAAGACCGACAUGGACCAGCUGAAAGCUCUGUUCGAAGAUCUCAAGUCACGUAUCUAG